AUCGACGACGAGAUGGCGACGGAGUUUGAUUGGGCUAGGAGGGCCGGCUCGAUCAAAGGGGUGGCGAAUGCGUUGUCUUACAUGCACCGCGAUUGCUCUCCACCGUGGAUUCAUAGUGACAUCACCGGCAACAACGUGCUUCUGGAUGGUGAUUAUGAAGCUCAUGUUUCUAAUUUUGGCACAGCAAGGCUUCUCAAGCCAGAUUCAUCUAAUUGGACUUUAGUGGUCGGUACACUUGGAUAUAUAGCACCAGAGUUAGCAUAUUCAUCAGCAGAUUCUGAAAAAUGCGAUGUUUAUAGCUUCGGAAUAGUUGCAUUGGAAGUACUUAUGGGAAAGCAUCCUAGUGAUCUCGUCUCGAGCUCGUGCCAACCAUUGACAUUGUCGAUACAAUUCGACUCGGGAACAUUCCCGCAAGAUGUGCUGGACCGACACCUCUCACUUCCUCUGGACAAAGACACGCGGGACGUGGUUUCGAUUGCUAAACCGGCACUUGCAUGCUUGCGAGUCAAUCCUCAUCAUCGACCCACCACGCGAAAAGUUUGUCGAGGGCUUUCAAUUCAAGCGCCUCUAGGGAAGCCAUUCUCGGAUGUCGGGUUGAGUGAGCUGAAUGGCGUCCAUGGUUGAGGUAGCUGAACAUAUGAGGAAGUGAUUGACGGGAAAAGAGCUGAA